UCAUGAAUAUGCAUUGAUAUAUUAUUUUCGAAGAAAAUGGCAAGCACUAUUUUGAAUAGACCGGAAACACAUUUGAUUUUGACAUGAAUUUUCAUCACUACUAGUAAUAUAAACUAGAAAAGAGAAAGUUGCAGAUGAAGCGUUGGGUUAACGCAAUGUUGGUCCUUAAUGGGUUAAUCAACGGAAAUGACGGUGCAUAUCGGUUACGAACAAGUUUUACCAAGUAACGUUUGAUAAUGGGAGACACGAAGGGUGGGCGGAAUACGUGUCUAUUUAUUUAAGUACGUAUGUUCCUGUUCGCGUAUAAAAGUACGGUUGUACGAUAUGUAUUCUAGUUGAUAUUUUGUUCGACGGAAAAGUAACGAUCGAGCAUACUAUUUAUCGCCUAAGGAUGCUUCGGUUCGAAACUAGUGAAAUAACAAUUAUAUUAUUCCUUGUAACGGUGGCAAUCGGUGUCGAUUCAAAAGCUACUGAUUACGGUUUAAAACGAAAGAUCGUACCACCAACGCCGAAAUUUGAAGGAACGUUCAACGAAAGACACGAGCAUCAAACCAUCGCUGAUCGCAUAAGAUCAUGGACGAAAGAGGACAAGCAGAACAUUUGGGAAUUAAGUGGUUUGUACGAAGGAGAUAUAAUGCUUAAUUCGGAGGAAGAUGGGGGGAAAAAUGGUCUGCUGAACAACGCGUUUCGUUGGCCAGGCGGAGUUGUACCCUAUUACAUAAAGGAAGAGGAUUUCGAUGAAGAAGACAUCGAGGUAAUCGAAGGUGCUAUAGAGGAAUACCAUAAGAACACCUGCAUACGUUUCCGUCCUUAUAAAAAGGCAGAUACCGACUAUAUCACUAUAAAGGGCAAAAUGUCGGGAUGUUGGUCCUUGGUUGGUAGGCACGAUCGCGGACAAGUAGUGAAUUUGCAGAAUCCGGGAUGCGUGCAGCAUGGUGUGGUCGUGCACGAGUUGAUGCACGCAUUAGGCUUUUACCAUCAACAGAGUGCCGCGGAUCGUGACGAGUGGGUGACGAUAAAUUGGGAAAAUAUAAAACCAGGCAAGGAGCAUAAUUUUAAUAAAUACGACAAUGGCACUGUCACAGAUUAUGGAAUUGGUUACGAUUAUACGAGUGUAAUGCAUUAUAGUUCUCACGCGUUUUCAAGAAAUGGUAAACCGACCAUUGCACCGAAAAAGGAGAAAACAGAACUUGGUCAACGAAAAGGACUCAGCGGAAAGGAUACCCUGAAGUUAAUAGAAAUGUACAAAGAGGAAUGUAACAAACGGCAAAUGAAUGUAACCACGGAUAGCGAUGAUUCAUCGGACGAUAUAUCCAUCGAGUGGCUGCUCACUAAAUCGUAA